AUGGCGGGAAAGCACAUAUCCGAAGAUAUUAUUGUAGACAUCCUCUCCAGGUUACCCAUCAAAUCUCUAAUCCGGUGCUGCUGUGUUUCGAAAAGGUGGGGUUCUAUAGUUUCUGAUCCCCAGUUCGCCAAAGUUCAGUUUAAAGUAGCUUCCCAGCAGAAACCCUCGAGUUCCAGACUCCUCUGCAACAUAUACCAAACUGAGUCCAUAGAUUUGGAGACGCGGUUGUGUUCUGGAGCCAACUUUUGGGGUAGCAAGCUUACCUUGCCAUUCCAGCAACCCAAAUACACUGAUAAAAGAGCACUGGGCUCGUGCGAUGUGGUUUUGGCCACUUAUCGGCUACUUAUGAGUGAUGACUACAAAGUUGUGGUUGCUGCAGCCACUUCUGAUGACAACAACUUGUAUUCCGAGGAGGAGUUCAGGGAAUUGCCGCUGCCUAAUAAUUUUGAUCAAGAACUCGACCUUUAUGAUAAAUUGGUUUGUGAUUCUUGGGGAGGAUGCCUGCAUGUGUUUCGUUAUCCAUUCUUUACUACCAGUUAUGUUGAGUUAUGGGUCAUGAGAGAAUAUGGUUUGAGUGGCUCAUGGGCUAAGCUCUUUAACAUGAAGUUAACUUUUCCGCCUGAGCACAUGGUGGUUCUCUUCGCAUUCCUGGCUAUGGAAACCAGUACAUUUGUGGAAAAAUCCACUUUGAAUAGUGUGACAGAUUCCGGGAUGGAGAUGAUGAGGAUUGAACAUAAAGGCGAGCCGCUUGUUAUGGGUAGGCUUGACAGGGCUUCUGAAAUGACUAUGUAUGAGGAGAGUCUACUCCAGAUUCCUGAUUAUCAUACAGUGAAAGAGAAGGAGGAAGACACUACUCAAAAUCCAAAAGAUGGUCUAUGCAGAAGAAUAAUUACAAGCUGCCUCACUCUGUUCAGAUGGAGAGCUUUACAAGGCCGGUAA